CAUGAUUUGAUAUGUUUCCUCAAACCGUGUUUGGUUAACUAACUUAACUUGCCUGUUGGUGAUUCAUGAAAAUUUGAGUGAUAUAAUUGAGUGAGGUGAAGUCUUGCAGUAUUUGGAGCGAGAAUUUGUGAAUUUCCCGUGUUUCAUCAUGUUACGUAUGGCGAACCAUCGAUCGUGGUUAGACACAACGAGCCGAAACGAUUUUUACGUGUUGUCACAUCUGGUUUUAUUCAUCGGAAAGCUGAUGACCUCGAAAGCAAUGAACGCCCAGGGAAAGUCCGUGGUUCCCAGCGAAUCGAAGCGCAACUCGCAGGCAAGCAGCGACGAAUAACCGAAGAAGGUCGGCCAAGUGAUUACCAGAAGCCACGAAGACGAGUUUGAAACCGGUUCAUGGAAGAACGAAUGAAGAUGGAAGAGUGACGAAAAUAUGAGACUAGAUAAGCCGUGUGUACGACCGAUGAAAGAAAUUCAGUUGGCAGGUAAAGAAAAAUGAGCGAGGGACUACCAACUUACAAAUUGAUCUACUUUAACGCCCGUGGUCGUGCCGAGCAUAUUCGCUACAUAUUUGCAUACGCUGGCAUCGACUAUAUCGACGAGAGGAUCCCCAAAGAACGCUGGCCUGAAUUGAAGAAAUCAAUGCCUUAUGGAAUGCUGCCUGUGCUGGAGAUAGACGGGAAACCGAUAGCGCAGAGCAACGCUGUGGCGCGAUACUUGGCGAGGAAGCACAAUCUAACGGGAAGGGACGAAUGGGAAGCGAUGAUGUGCGACGUGCUCGUCGAUACUCUUGGAGAUUUGAAGCAAUCUAUAUCUCAAUAUCGCACGGAGGAGGACCACUGCAAGAAGGAAGAGAAGAAGGCGAAACUUUUGAAGGAAACAAUACCAUUUUACUUGAAUAAAUUCGAGCAGACUGUUGGCGAAAAUGGAGGAUAUACCGUUGCUUCCACCACGACGUGGGCGGACUUCGUGUUUGCAGUGGCCCUUGAAAAUUUCGAGAAUAUUUUUGGUGCGACGGCUUUAGAAAAUUAUCCAGGUCUUCGAGCGUUGAAGAAAAGGGUUCAUGAAAUACCGGCUAUUGUUGGUUGGCUGGCUAAGCGGCCACACACAGAAUUCUAAAAAUGUCGAAAUUAUAUACGCGUGAAAAAAAGAUGAACGAGUACAUAUCUACACUCUAUGUGUACGCUUCGCAGGUAUCGCUGUGUUGGUAAAUUUUCGGAGUUACACGUGUCGCAAAAUGUAACAGUUUUAUUAAAAAAAAAAAAAAUUGUGUGUCUGCGAGUACGCUAAAAGUUUAACUAUAAAAAGUCUAAUCUAAGUUUUGUUCUUUUGUGAAAGAUAUUAUGUGUUUUGAAAGAACACAAUAUAUAGUAAAUGUAUGUUAGUAACGUGGAGUAUCAUGAGAUAAAAAACGCGCCAUUUUCUUUUUAACUUGUUCUUUAAAGUUCGAAAAUUUUGUUUCUUUUAUUCGUACCUAACUUUUUAAUAAAAUGCACGAUUAAAUCUUGUGUUUCGUUUAAACAACUUGUGGUUGAUCGUUAUUUCGGAUUAUUUGGAUAUCGUGUGAAUGUACUAUUUCCCUAUAAUUUUACAAUACCAGAAUAAAGUACGAUAUCUUAUCGAUGAGAAGCAUGAAAUAACCUUAAAAUGAUAUGAAGAGGUAUUAAGAGAGGGAAAAAUCAUCGAAUGUUAUUUCUAUAUGUCUAUGUACUACUUUAAAUAAUGCUUAACUCGAGAUACUUUUUUCGUCUCUUCAUGAUACGUAUUCGAAAUAUGUACUUACGGUCAGUACCGAGUGCAAAUAUGAUGUUCUUCGAAGAUAAAAGAUGGAUUUGAAAACGUCAAUGUAUGUAAAUUAAAUUUGAUUUCGACAUAUGUAACACAAUUUGUAUGGACAAUGAAGUGUACGAGUCUACGAAUUACGAAGUAAAAGUAUUGAUAUACGUAUCGAUAUUUCUGAUCGUUGCGAUAUCUCUAGUCAAUACAAAGUUCUAACUGAAUGUUAUCGAUUAAGCGUUAAAAGACGAUAAAAUAUGUAUCGAAUCGUUGUAAUUGCAAAGUUGUCGACUGAUGCAAUGUAAUAAUAAUGUCGUAUAAAAAACGA